CCUCAAAAUGGCGGACGAGGAGCUUGAUGGCGCGGAAAGGAUGGAAGUCAGCACCGACUUAGCUCAGACCGCUCAGCAACUGGCAUCUUGUUGGGAUCAGCAAGUUGAUUUUUAUACUACUUUCUUGCGUCAUUUGGCACAAUUGAUACCAGAAAUUUAUUUUGCGGAAAUGGAUCCAGAUUUGACAAAGCAAGAGGAGAGUGUACAAAUACUAAUAUUCACUCCCCUGGAAUGGUACUUAUUUGGAGAAAAUCCAGAUAUUUGUUUAGAUAAAUUGAAGCACAGUGGAGCAUUUCAGCUGUGUGGGAAGGUUUUCAAAAGUGGAGAGACAACAUAUUCUUGUAGGGACUGCGCAAUUGAUCCAACAUGUGUACUCUGUAUGGACUGCUUCCAGAAUAGUGUUCAUAAAAAUCAUCGUUACAAGAUGCAUACUUCUACUGGAGGAGGGUUUUGUGACUGUGGAGACACAGAAGCAUGGAAAAAUGGCCCUUUUUGUAUAAAUCAUGAACCUGGAAGAACAGGUACUACAAAAGAGAAUUCACAUUGCACAUUGAGUGAAGAGGUAAUUUCUCAAGCCAGGAAAAUAUUCCCUUCAGUGAUAAAAUACAUUGUAGAAAUGACGAUAUGGGAAGAGGAAAAAGAACUGCCUCCUGAGCUCCAAAUAAGGGAGAAAAAUGAAAGAUACUAUUGUGUCCUUUUCAAUGAUGAACACCAUUCAUAUGACCAUGUCAUAUAUAGUCUACAGAGAGCUCUUGACUGUGAGCUUGCGGAGGCCCAGUUGCAUACCACCGCCAUAGACAAAGAGGGUCGUCGGGCUGUGAAAGCAGGUAUCUAUGCUGCUUGCCAGGAGGCAAAAGAAGAUAUAAAGAGUCAUUCAGAAAAUGUCUCUCAACAUCCACUUCAUGUAGAAGUAUUGCAUUCUGAGGUUAUGGCUCAUCAGAAAUUUGCUUUGCGUCUUGGCUCCUGGUUGAACAAAAUUAUGAGCUAUUCAAGUGACUUUAGACAGAUCUUUUGUCAAGCUUGCCUUAUAGAAGAACCUGGCUCUGAGAAUCCCUGUCUCAUAAGCAAGUUAAUGCUGUGGGAUGCAAAGCUUUAUAAAGGUGCCCGUAAGAUUCUUCAUGAAUUGAUCUUCAGCAGUUUUUUUAUGGAAAUGGAAUACAAAAAGCUCUUUGCUAUCGAAUUUGUGAAGUAUUACAAACAAUUGCAGAAGGAUUAUAUCAGUGAUGAUCAUGACAGAAGUAUCUCUAUAACUGCACUUUCAGUACAGAUGUUUACUGUUCCUACUCUGGCUCGACAUCUUAUUGAAGAGCAGAAUGUUAUUUCUGUCAUUACUGAAACUCUUCUAGAAGUUUUACCUGAGUACUUGGACAGGAACAAUAAAUUCAACUUUCAGGGUUAUAGCCAGGACAAAUUGGGAAGAGUAUAUGCGGUAAUAUGUGACCUAAAGUAUAUCUUGAUAAGCAAGCCUACAAUAUGGACAGAAAGAUUGAGAAUACAAUUCCUUGAAGGUUUUCGAUCUUUUUUGAAGAUUCUCACCUGCAUGCAGGGAAUGGAAGAAAUCAGAAGACAGGUUGGACAACACAUUGAAGUGGAUCCUGACUGGGAGGCUGCCAUUACCAUACAGAUGCAAUUAAAGAAUAUUUUACUCAUGUUCCAAGAGUGGUGUGCUUGUGAUGAGGAACUCUUACUAGUGGCGUAUAAAGAAUGUCACAAAGCUGUGAUGCGGUGCAGUACAAAUUUCAUGUCUAGUGGCAGAACCAUAGUACAAAUGUGCGGUCAUACUUUGAGAACUAAAUCUUACAGAGUAUCUGAGGAUCUUGUAAGCAUACAUCUACCGCUGUCCAGAACACUGGCUGGUCUUCAUGUUCGUUUAAGCAGGUUAGGCGCUAUUUCAAGACUUCAAGAAUUUGUGCCUUUUGAGGACUUUCAAGUAGAGGUCUUAGUAGAAUAUCCUUUGCGUUGUCUUGUAUUGGUUGCCCAGGUUGUUGCUGAAAUGUGGCGAAGAAAUGGGCUGUCUCUUAUUAGCCAGGUGUUUUAUUACCAAGAUGUUAAGUGCAGAGAAGAAAUGUAUGAUAAAGAUAUCAUCAUGCUUCAGAUUGGUGCAUCUUUAAUGGAUCCCAACAUGUUCUUAUUACUGGUACUUCAGCGGUAUGAACUUGUUGAUGCUUUCAGUAAAACUAUAUCCACAAAAGACCAGGAUUUGAUUAAACAAUAUAAUACAUUAAUAGAAGAAAUGCUUCAGGUUCUCAUCUAUGUUGUAGGAGAGCGUUAUGUACCUGGAGUGGGACAUGUGACUAAAGAAGAGGUCACAAUGAGAGAAAUUGUACACUUGCUUUGUAUUGAACCUAUGCCACACAGUGCCAUUGCCAAAAAUUUACCUGAGAAUGAAAAUAAUGAAACUGGCUUAGAGAAUGUCAUAAACAAAGUGGCCAUAUUUAAAAAACCAGGUGUAUCAGGCCAUGGAGUUUAUGAACUGAAAGAUGAAUCAUUGAAAGACUUCAAUAUGUACUUUUAUCAUUACUCUAAAACACAGCAUAGUAAGGCUGAACAUAUGCAGAAGAAAAAGAGAAAACAAGAAAACAAAGAUGAAGCAUUGCCACCACCACCACCUCCUGAAUUCUGCCCUGCCUUCAGCAAAGUAGUUAACCUUCUCAACUGUGAUAUCAUGAUGUAUAUUCUCAGGACCAUAUUUGAGCGAGCAACAGACACAGAUUCUAACUUGUGGACUGAAGGGAUGCUCCAAAUGGCAUUUCAUAUUCUGGCAUUAGGCUUACUUGAAGAGAAGCAACAGCUUCAGAAAGCCCCAGAAGAAGAAGUGACUUUUGACUUUUACCAUAAGGCAUCAAGAUUGGGGAGUUCAGCCACAAAUGCUCAGAAUAUACAAAUGCUUUUGGAAAAACUCAAAAGUGUUCCCCAAUUAGAAGGCCAGAAGGACAUGAUAACAUGGAUACUCCAGAUGUUUGACAUGGUGAAGCGAUUGAGAGAAAAAUCUUGUUUAAUUGUAGCCACUACAUCCGGGUCAGACUCUAUAAAGAGUGAUGAGAUUACUCAUGAUAAAGAGAAAGCAGAACGAAAAAGAAAAGCAGAAGCUGCUAGACUACAUCGACAGAAAAUCAUGGCUCAGAUGUCUGCCUUACAGAAAAACUUCAUUGAAACCCAUAAACUCAUGUAUGAUAAUACAUCAGAAAUGCCUGGAAAAGAAGAUUCUAUAAUGGAGGAAGAGAGCACCCCAGCAGUAAGUGACUACUCUAGAAUUGCUUUGGGUCCUAAACGGGGUCUGACUGUUACUGAAAGGGAGUGUCUUACGUGCAUCCUGUGCCAAGAAGAGCAAUUGCUGAAAAUUAAAUAUAAUGCCAUGGUAUUAUCGGCCUGUGUCCAGAAAUCUACUGCCUUAACACAGCACAGGGGAAAACCAGUAGAACUUUCAGGGGAAACCAUGGACCCACUUUUCAUGGAUCCAGACUUGGCAUAUGGAACAUAUACAGGAAGCUGUGGUCAUGUAAUGCAUGCAUCAUGUUGGCAGAAGUGAGUUGCCCUUAUACAGACAAACUCUUUAAAGAAACUGGAGCAUUGAAGUAGACACAGUAAUCUUUAUAAAAAUCUCACUCCUCUCAAAUCAUUCCUUUGUAAUUUCAGCUUUCCAGUUAUUUAUGCCAGUGGUUUUAAUAAUUUUAAAAUAUCAUUUUUCAGUGAGAAUGCAGAAGCUCUUGCACAAGUUUUGACGUUGGCACAAUGGAUAAGGACUGUUCUUGCCAGGAUAGCAGGUUACAGUAUGAAGCAUGCUAAAGGGGAAAACCCAGCAUUUCCUGUCUUUUUAAAUCAAGGAAUGGGUGAUUCUACAUUUGAGUUCCAUUCCAUUCUGAGUUUUGGAGUUCAGUCUUCUAUUAAAUACUCCAAUAGCAUCAAGGAAAUGGUCAUUCUUUUUGCCACAACAAUAUAUAGAAUUGGACUGAAAGUGCCUCCUGAUGAAACGGAUCCUCGAAUCCCCCCGAUGACCUGGAGCACAUGUGCUUUCACCCUCCAGGCUACAGAAAACCUACUGGGAGAUGAAGGAAAACCUCUGUUUGGAGCACUUCAGAAUAGACAGCAUAAUGGCCUAAAAGCAUUAAUACAGUUUGCAGUUGCACAGAGGACUACCUGCUCUCAGGUUCUAAUACAGAAACAUCUAAUUCGUCUGCUAUCAGUUGUUCUUCCUAACCUAAAAUCAGAAGAUACACCAUGCCUUCUAUCUAUAGAUCUGUUUCAUGUUUUGGUAGGUGCUGUGUUAGCAUUCCCAUCUUUGUAUUGGGAUGAGACUGUUGAUCUGCAGCCUUCGUCAGCCAGUUCUUCCUAUAACCACCUUUAUCUCUUCCAUUUGAUCACCAUGGCACACAUACUUCAGAUACUUCUUACCAUAGACACAGAUUCUGAAGAAGGAGAGUACAAGGCUCUCUGUAGCUAUCUGUCUUUACCCACAAAUUUGUUUGUGCUUUUCCAGCAAUAUUGGGAUACUGUGAGACCCUUGCUCCAGAGAUGGUGUUCUGAUCCUGCCUUGCACAGCUGUCUGAAGCAAAGAAGCACUGUGGUCAGGUACCCCAGAAAAAGAAAUACUUUGAUAGAGCUUCCUGAUGACUAUAGCUGCCUCCUGAAUCAAGCUUCUCACUUCAGGUGCCCACGGUCCGCAGAUGAUGAGCGAAAACAUCCUGUCCUGUGUCUUUUCUGUGGGGCCAUCCUGUGCUCCCAGAACAUUUGCUGCCAAGAGGUCAUGAAUGGGGAAGAGGUUGGAGCUUGUAUUUUUCAUGCACUCCACUGUGGAGCUGGGGUCUGCAUUUUCCUAAAAAUCAGAGAAUGCAAAGUUGUGCUGGUUGAAGGUAAAGCCAGAGGCUGUUCAUAUCCAGCCCCCUACUUGGAUGAAUAUGGAGAAACAGACCCUGGCCUGAAGAGGGGCAACCCCCUUCAUUUAUCUCGUGAGCGGUAUCGGAAGCUCCAUUUGGUCUGGCAACAGCACUGUAUUAUAGAAGAGAUUGCUAGGAGCCAAGAAACUAAUCAGAUGCUAUUUGGCUUCAACUGGCAGUUACUUUGA